AUGCUACCUGGGAUUGGAGUGUUUGGAACUGGAUCAGUAGCAAAAGUUCUAGUCCCAUUUUUAAGAGAAAAAGGAUUUUCAGUGGAAGCAAUAUGGGGCACGACCUUACAGGAAGCCGAAAAUACUGCGAAAGAACUUAAGAUUCCAUUUUUCACCAACAAAAUUGACGAUGUUUUGCUGAAGAAGAAUGUAAAUCUUGUUUUUAUCGUCUGUGCGCCAUACCUUCAUGCUCAAAUAUCAGUUAAAGCUCUUGGAAUUGGAAAACAUGUUGUUUGUGACAAACCAGCGGGACUCUGUCAAGCAGAAGCACUGAAAAUGGUGCGAGCAGCCCAAUAUUAUCCAACAUUAAUUUCUAUAAUCAAUCAUUCCUUGAGAUUCUUACCAGCAUUUAGUCAUAUGAGAAAAUGUAUUCAAGAUGGUUAUUUGGGCAAUCCUGAUGAAUUAACUUUAAUGGAUGUUCGUGUUCAAAUGGGAUCACUGCUUGGUGAUACUUAUAAUUGGUUAUGUGAUGAUACCAUGGGAGGUGGCACUCUUACUCUUGUUGGAAGUCAUGUCAUUGACUUGGUGUCAUUUUUAACAGGGCAGAAGGUUGUCAAAGUCCAUGGUGUGCUGAGGACAUUUGUAGAAGAGACUGCCAAAGUAAAUGGCAUUAGAAAAAUUACAGCUCCCGACUUCUGUACAUUCCAGUUGCAAAUGGACAAAGGUUUAUUAGUUACAGCCACAUUGAACAAUCACUUGCCUGGUCCUUGUUUUAACCAGGAAAUAUAUUGUUGUAGUAAAAAAGGAUAUUUGGUGGUAAGGGGUGGAGACUUAUAUGGUAAACUGCACAAGAUAAGUCCUAAAAAUUCUCAAGAAGAGGAAUGUAAAAGGCCUCAUGAUAGGGAAGAAGUUAUAUAUGUGGACGUUGAAGAUUUGAGUUGUACAUCAAGUGUAAUACCAAAACCUUACAUAAAGGGCUUAUGUAAAAUGAUAAGUGCACUCAAGGAAGCAUUCCUUCCAGUUAAAGAGCAAAUGGAUUGGGUUAAAGAACCAGUUACAGCUGCUGCUACUUUUGAAGAUGGACAAAGAGUGCAAGCAACUAUGGAAGCAUUAAGAAAAUCAAGUGAAGAUGGAUGUUGGACCACUGUUCAAUUACUAACAGAGCCUCCAGAUCCAAACCCAGCACUGUCUGCAGCAGUCAGAAGAACUGCCAUAUCUUUACAAUAG